AUGCUCGUGCAGCGGCGGCUCGCGGAGCUGCUGCGGGGCUUCGCGGUGACGUCAUCAGCGCAGAUCUGCGCCAGAGUGCGGCUGCGCGAGGACAACCACCUGCUGCAGGAGGAGCUGAUGGUGAUGAUGACGAGUCUCUGCAAACCUCUGAUGAAGGAGCUGAUGACGCUAGUGCUGCAGGGGGCGGGGCCAGAGGGACAGGGGGCGGAGCCUGAGGGGGAGGCCGAGGAGGGGGAGGAGCCAGAACAGCAGCAGAAAGACGUCGUCCCGGACGAGCCCCACCAGGACUCCGCCCCCCCUGCAGCCGACGCCCAGGUGGAGGUGACCCGUCCGUCAGGAGCUUCCUGUGACGACCAAUCACAGGCCACAGGAAGUGGGCGGGGCUUCAGCUCCCUGCUGGCUCACCAGCGUCUCCAUAGCAACGCCCGGUCGUCCUCGUGUCCCGUAUCCGACCGAGGAUCCAGCGGCCACCGCGUUCAGGUCCGCCGCGUCGCCACGCAUCGCUGCCGCCACUGUGGGCGGGGCUUCGGCGGCCACACCCACCUGCGGGCGCACCAGGCGGCCGGGCGACGCCCCCUCACCUGUUCCUCCUGCGGGGCGAGGCUAACGGCGGCCUGCGGCCUCAGGAAGCACCGGCAGGCGUGUCCCGCCUCCACCGGGGCCCGCGGGGAGGAGAACAUCUCUGAACACCGUAAGGUGCAGCGACAGAAAGAGCCCGGCUGCUUCACCUGCUCCACCUGCGGUAAAGCCUUCACCGCCAGGCGCAGCGUGCAGGUGCACCAGCUGACGGUGCACGGCGGGCGACGCCCAUUCACCUGCUCCAUCUGCCGGAAGUCGUUCAGCCAGCAGGGCGGCCUGCGGGCGCACCGGCGGACGCACGGCGGCGGCGAGGAGCGGCCGCCGCUGCACACCUGCGAUCAGUGCGGACGCUCCUUCUCCAGCAGCAGCAGCCUGCAGGUGCACGGGCGCGUCCACAGCGGCGAGAAGGCGUUCAGCUGCGACACCUGCGGCCGCAGCUUCAACGUGGCGUCCAACCUGCGGCGCCACCAGCUCAUCCACACGGGCCGCCGCCCGUUCAGCUGCAGCACCUGCGGACGCAGCUUCACCCAGGCCGCGCACCUGAAGGUGCACGCCGUCGUGCACACCGGCGAGUGGUCCUUCAUCUGCAAGGCGUGCGGGAAGGGCUUCCGCCAGCGCAGCGCGCUGCUGGUGCACGAGCGCCGGCACGCCAGCAUCCGCCCGUUCAUCUGCAGCGAGUGCCAGAAGAGUUUCUCCUCGUCCACGUCGCUGCGGCGCCACGAGCGCCUGCACCGCGAGCACAAGCGCCACGCCUGCCCCGAGUGCGGCAAGAGCUUCAGCUCGGCCGCCACGCUGCGCAAGCACCAGGAGACGCACGCCGGCGGCGGCGCCGCCUUCUGCUGCGACGUGUGCGGCCGGCGCUACAGCUCGCUGAGCUACCUGCGGACGCACCGCCGCCGCCACUCGGAGGGGGCGCCGUUCGCCUGCGGGCUCUGCGGGAAGGGCUUCUCCACGCAGGCCGGCGCGCGGCUGCACCAGCGCACGCACAGCGGGGAGAAGCCCUUCGUGUGCGAGGUGUGUGGGCGGAGCUUCAGCGUGGCGCAGAACCUGGUCCGGCACAAGCGCGUCCACAGCGGGGAGAAGCCGUUCGGCUGCGACGUCUGCGGGAGGAAGUUCAGCCAGAGCAGCAACCUGAAGGCUCAUCAGCUGGUCCACACCGGGGAGAAGCCCUUCGGCUGUGACGCCUGCAGCCGCACUUUCAGCUCCGGGAGGAGCCUGAGGGACCACCGGUGUGGGGGCGGAGCCAAGGGGGCGGGGCCUCCGCUGUGA